UCCUCCUGGCAGACAAUUUAAUUUUAGGAUAUUCCUUUGGCAACGAGGGGGUCCAUUCACUUAGCCGGUGGGUGUUGAGCCUUAAAAUUAUACUUUAGUUCACGCUGUACAUAAUUUAAAAACUAAACUUUAUCAUAGGCAUGUAUGUAUAGGAAAAAAAUAGUACCCACUGAGGUUCUUGGAACAUAACCCUAUGGAUAAAGAGGGGUUACUAUAUUGGUCUGCUUGAUCGUGUUCCCAUUAGUGUCUUAGGAUCACACUGACAUGGUUUCGUGUCUUUUGCAGCUUUGGGGAGCAUCUGAAAUAAUGUGUUCCUAAACUUUUCUGUGACUGAGUAACGUCCGCGCGUCCUCUCUAUCCGGAGCCAAACGGGGUCGGAGCUUUGGAACUUCGGGUAACCCCUUCCCGGCGCCCCUUGCGCGACCUCUUGGACCGUGCGCCUGCGCCGCAGAGUCUGGAACUACAUUACCCAGAAGCCUCCGCGCAGAGCACUGCGGCGCUGGGCCAAUGAGGGCCGAGGAGAGCGGCGCUUCGGUACCUUGCGGAGCACGUCCAGGCGGGAUUUCCGGCGGUUUCCGGGCGGUUGUCGUUCUGGUCUUUCUUGGGUCGGCCCACCUGAUCAGGUUCUGAGCUCUUGGUCAGGCCUAAGGUAACGUUGAGCAGGAAGGGGUGAUGGGAAACGUUGCCCACAAUGCACAGAGGUUUCCAUGGCUUCAGAAGCACUUAUGAGCCAUGCACAGGUCAGUGUGACCUUUGAGGAUGUGGCUGUGGACUUUUCAUGGGAGGAGUGGAAGCUUCUUGAUGAGACUCAGAGACUCCUGUACCGCGAUGUGAUGCUGGAGAACUUUGCCCUUGUGGCCUCCCUGGGACUUGUGUCCUCCCGAAUUCAGGUAGACAUGACGCCAGCUAUGGCAAGAGAACACCAGAGGGAUACUGGAUCUGGUUGUUGGUUUCAAAUGGAGAAUGAGGAGGCACCUUCUCAAGGAGUGUCACAGGUCAGGGCUCCCAAGGCAGGUCCGGCCACCCAAAAAGCCUACAACCCUUGUGGGAUUUGGAGCCCAGUCAUGAAAGAUGUUUUGCUCCUGGAUGAGCAUCAGGGAAUACACCCCAGGCACAAAUCGCACAUGUAUGGAACACAUGGAAGACAAUUCUGGUUUAGCACAAACAUCCUCCAGCAUCAGAAGCAGCACACUGGAGAGAACUACUUCAGAAGGGAUGAAGAUAGGGCUUUGUUUGGUAAAAACUGCAGAGUCCACAUGUCAGAGAAUCCCUUCGCAUGUGGUGACAGUGGGAAGGACCUCCUGCCCAGCUCAGCCCUUCUCCAGCAACAGACCAUUUACAGCAAGGAGAACUCACCCAGAAAUACUCAGUGCAAAGAGGCCUUCCCCAUUGCAGAAGGAUAUUACACAUGCAGUGAAUGUGGGAAAGCCUACAGACACAAAAGCAGGUUUUAUGAGCACCAGAGAGUCCACAGUGGAGAAAGACCUUAUGAGUGCCAUGAAUGUGGAAAAUUCUUUAGCCGUAAAUCUAACCUUGUUGUACACCAGAGAGUUCACAUGGGUAUAACGCCUUAUGUGUGCAGUGAAUGUGGAAAAGCCUACAGCAAAAGCACCCACCUUGUUCGGCAUAAAAAGCUUCACACUGGAGAAAGGCCUUAUGAGUGCAGCAAAUGUGGGAAAGCCUACAGCAGCAAACACACUCUUGUUCAGCAUCAGAGAGUCCAUACUGGAGAAAGACCUUACAAAUGCAGUGAAUGUGGAAAACUGUUUAGUCAUAACUCUAGCCUUAUUGUACACCAGAGAGUUCACAGUGGAGCAAGGCCUUAUGAAUGCAGUGACUGUGGGAAAUUAUUUAACCAUUACUCCAACCUUACAAUACACCGUAGAGUUCAUAUCUCAGCAAGGCCUUAUGAAUGCAGCGAAUGUGGGAAAGCCUUCACCUACAAACACAGACUUGUCCAACACCAGAGAAUUCACACUGGAGAAAGGCUUCAUGAGUGUACUGAAUGUGGCAAAGCAUUCAGUCAGAAAUGCAGACUUGUUCAGCACAAGAAAAGCCACACUAGAGAAAGGCCUUAUGAAUGCAGUGAAUGUGGGAAAACCUUUAGACAAAGCUCUGGCCUUAUUGAACACCAGAGAAUUCACACUGGGGCAAAGCCUUAUAAGUGCAGCGAAUGUGGGAAAUUCUUUAGCCGCAGAAUCACACUUGUCCGGCAUCAGAGAAUCCACACUGGAGAAAGGCCUUAUAACUGCACUGAAUGCGGGAAGUACUUUAGCCAAAGCUCUGGCCUUAUUGCACAUAAGAGAGUUCACACUGGUGAAAGGCCGUAUAAAUGCACUCAGUGUGGGAAAUCUUUUAGCCAAAGAUCCAGCCUCAUUUUACACCAGAGAGUCCACACUGGUGAAAGGCCUUAUGAGUGCAGUGAAUGUGGGAAAGCCUUCAGCCUUAAAUCUACGCUUGUUCAACACCAGAGAGUCCAUACUGGAGAAAGGCCUUAUGAGUGCAGCGAAUGUAGGAAAUUCUUUAGCCACAAAUCCAGCCUCAUUAAACAUCAAAGAAAUCAUAUUGGAGAGAAGCCUUCAGCCAAUGGCCUUCUCCCAUUUAGUACCAGAAAGUUCACCCUGGAGAAAGGACUUAGAGUACAGGGAGUGUGUUAUUUCCCUGGUCAACAAACAUAAUGAGUGACACCAGAGAGAAGCUCUGAGAGUAGGCUUUGUGAUGUAGCCAUCAGGCAAAAGUUGAAUCUCACAUCUGGUCUUGCAUACUGGAGAGAUUCCUUGUGUCAGGUAGGUGGGGAGCUUUCAGGAGCUGCAUUGCACUUUCUUACCUGCCCAGGGUCCUUAUCUGUGUUAUAUCACUGUCAGUACCUGUGGCAAAAACCAUUUCACCUUUGCCAGCCAGCAAGUGUGUAUCAGGUUACCCAAUGUGCUCAGUGAAGACAGAUCUCUGUACUGUAUCCCCUUCCUGGAGAAAAUCAUGAGUGGUCUGAAGCCGUUGAAGUCCACCGUAAUUACAUUCACACACUGGCUGUGGUUAACAGAGUUGGAGGCAGCAAACUAGAGGAUGUGUUCCCAAUCUAAACAUGCUUCCGGAAAUAUUCUGGUCAUUACAGCUGUGAGGGAUGAGGGUAUACAGAUAUUCUCAGGACUUCUAGAUUUAGCCACUCCUAUGGACAAAGUCACUGGCAGAACAAAUAAAUGUUUUCUGGAUUGCUGAGGCUA